AAAUUAAUGACAUACGUACUCGAAUUUGCAUGUGUAUAUAAGAGAUUGAUCAGUAAGGAUUUCUAAGCCUGUGUACUGAUCGCAUUUGAAAACUGUGAAAGUCACGCUUGUGAUUAGCCACGCGCGCUGCUCAUCAAAACGUGCUCGAAGGCUUUAAAAAAGACGAAAACCAAUGAUAAAGCCAAUGAUAUGAUUGAUCGGUGCCGAUAGUUGAUUUAUGAGUAAAACGACUUUUUUUAUGCAUAUAAAAGUUUUUGUAGUCUUGCGUGCGUAGUAGAACUCUAGAUCCUGCAAGUGGCACUUACAUAUUUUACGUCGGAACGAGUCGAAAUUUUAGAAGAUGAAAGAUAAAAGAGCUCCUUUCUAUUUAUCACUGAUAUUAGUUGGCUGGGCAAUUGCGGUAGUGGCGGAAGAUCCAUUUUUACGAAUUAAUUCACUGCUACAAGAUGAAGCUUCAGUUCAAUAUUAUGCUAAUUGCUUACUUGAUAAAGGUCCUUGCUCCGGCGAUGGUCGAGCUAUGAAAAGACUUCUACCCGAGUUCAUUACGACAAGUUGUGCAAGAUGUUCCGAAAGGUAUAAGAAAAUAGGAUGCGAAGUCAUCUUAACGAUGCAGCAGGCGAAGUAUGAUAAUCUCUGGAAAGAGUUUUUAUUAAAGUAUGAUCCACAAAAUCUCUAUCAAACUAAUCUUCAGAAUUUUAUGCAAUAUUGUAGAGAAAAUAUUAAGUAA